UGAGGAAAAAAAUAAAUGUCAGUUCUUUACUGAAAUUAAUUGUUCUUGGGGAUGGGGCUGUGAAAAAUACUGGACAACUGAGUUGCAGAAUUCUUCUCAUGGGAUUUUGGCUUUUUCUGUCAUUAUCCUCUCCCAAGCAAAAACUUUUUACAUUUGCUUUCAACCAUAAAACAAAGGAAGUAAGCCUGAAAACAAGUUCAGAGAGGAACUGAAGUUCAGAAAUGUUGCAGUUUGAGAUACUGAUAUUUAGGGGUUUUAAAAUGGCAUUUGAGUCCUGUAGCUGUUCAGAUACCCUCAGGUUCUGGGGAAAUCUGACUCAUUUAGCUUGUGUUUGCAGUUUGUCUCUUUGUGUGUUGAUGUGUCUGUCCUCUGUUUAAAAACCUUCUGUGUCAGUGAUCUACAGGCAAUAAUAAUGCUGAUUUUUUUUUUUUCAAUAAUGUUCUUACAUGCAUUUGGAGGAUCAAAAUAUUCUACCUCAAGUAGGAAACAUAUUUGAUCCAAAUACUUUGUUUUGACUUUGACAGAGGAACUUAAGAGUUAUCCUUUCUGUUUCUUGUUAGUUGAGUCAGUUUUGGUCCUAGCAAUCUUUAUAAAUAACGAUGAUUUAUUCUUUAGGUAAUUGGAGUUUUAAGGUAUUUACAUUUCUGAUACUCACUGCACAAACCUUGAGACUGGGAAUGGAUCUUUAAAGUCUGUGCAGCUCGUGUUAGUGAAUUUAUUCCAGGAAACUGAGAUGACUUGAGGAAAAAACCAUGCUACUGUCAGGUACUAUUUCCUGUUCUUGAUCUUUGAAGGUACUGGGGGAGGCAAAGUUUAAACUGAAUUAUUUUAUUAAAUGGUCUCUGCAGGUGAUACUGGGUUUUGGAGAAGACAUUCUUGUAAAUAGGCUCUGUAUUCAGGUUGGUUUAUCACAGAUGUUUGAAACCCCAGGAAGUGUUACUUUUACAAUUCUAGCAAGAGGGAUUUCCUCAGAAAGGGGUGCCAGUACCUCUUGUAUUUGACACCAGUGCCAUGGACAGAGAACCUGCCUUGGGUGUCAGUAAUGUUGGUGACAGCUCAGCAUAGAGUCAGGAACAGGGGCACGUGUAGUUCCAAAUCUGUUUCAAGCAUGGGAUUGUGUCCUUCUGCUCAGUAAGCUUAGUAAUGUAACAAAAAAGACAAAAAUGCCUCCUUGCAGAUGUUUUCAAACCUCCCACAGUCAACAGGGAACAAAGCACAUCAUGACCAAGGGACAGGAACAACCCUGAGCUGGGGGUAGGCAGCAAGAGUGUUUGUCUCACAGUCUGGUCAGAACUGCUGUGCAGAACUGCUGCUGCUCCUCAUCCUGCACUGCCAGCAGAAGUCAAUAAUGCAUUGCUGGGGACACACUCCUGGGGCUGUGCUGCUCUUCUGCAGGCUUCAUAUCACUCUUCCAAUUCGUCAGAAUAAAAACUCUUGGGGGAUCCUGGAAGCCUUCCACAGAAGCAUAGUUCCUUUGGAUUCACUGGCCCUUUGGCAACUUUGCCUUUUUAAAAGUCUAAAAAUUCCAUCAAGCUUCAGUGAAGGAGUCACAUGCUCUUUCGGUGGGGGUACUGUGACUGCAACACAUCGGUGAAUCGGUGUCUUAGGGAUUUGCUCCUCUCUGACACCAGUUCCCAGCGUGUUUGCAGCUUGCAUCACUGUAAGUGGAUUGUUUUGUAGUUUGUAUCCACUUUGCAACAGGAAACUACAGCUAUUCAGGCAGCUCUUCAAGCAGCUCUUGAAUCCAAGAAUCUUGUGAUUCUGCUUCUCUCCCGAGUCAUUUUGCUGCCUUGAUGCAGUUCUGAAUUCCUGUGAGGGAUGCUGCUGGUUCUUGCUGAUUUUGUUUUGUCUUCAUUUUGAGAUGUGAAGUCCACAGUAUCAUUGGUUCAAUCUAGUGACUGAGUCAAGUCUGCAGUGACAACUGUUGACUGACUUCCAACUUGGAAGUUUAAAGCUCCUUAUACUAAUCUAGGGUUGAACAAAACAAGGACCACUGCUUUUAUCUGUAACAGUGUUUCUUUAUGAUGUCAUGAGAGUUUGUUUAUACUAUGAAAAAUCCUGUCUUGGUGAGAAGGUUGAAAUAUUGUGUAAGCCUUGUCAUGAAGAGUUCAAAAUACAAUAUUCUGACCUCAUUAAAAAUGUAGCUAUGUUAAGUAAAAUUAAUAAAUGAAAAGGCAGCCUGCUGGCAACUGGACUAGUGCUGCAAAAAGUUGUUUUACUUGCAGCUAUCUUAGUCACUCCAUGGCUUUAUACAAGCAGUUACAGUGGAUCUUAAAGUCUGUGUGGAAUGAAGCAGUGGGGUUCUCAGGGUUGAGUGGACAGUUUACAUGUAUGGCUGGUAUAGCAACAGUUCAGGGAUAACCUUUGCUGAAAACUGGAAGCAAUUUAUUUGUCAGACAACAUCCAGGGAGAUGAUGAAUUCUGCUUAUUUGGUAUAUUUUCCUAGGUUUUAAUCAAGACAACAAUACUCAGGGGUUUCCUCUUGGUUUCAGCACCCAGGAGCUUGUUUUAAAGACUGUAUGUGAUAAUUACAGCUUCAGUCCUAGGUUCUGUGCUCAGUGACUUGUAAACUUUUCCAGUGUUAAGUAAAUUUAAACUAUAACGUGUAUUUCAAAGGGUUAUGGUCUUUAGAUUUGUCAUUCCUGGUAAGUUACUUAAAUCAAAAGUUAGAUCACUUUUCUUCCAAUAGAACAGAAUCCCACAAAUAGUUAAUACCUAACUUAGAGUGAUUCGUUACAGUAAAUGUUGGCAUUUUUAAUAAGAUUAAUAUAUUUCAGUGAAAAAAAGCAGAAAAUAUUUUUGAAUUUAAAUGUGCAGUUCCUUUAAUCUAAAAUAGUAUUAUGAAUCUUUGGCCUUCUCUAGAUGAUUCUGAAUUUCUCUAGAUGCAAUCUAAAAAUAAAAAGGUGAAUUUCCUAACAAAGCCUUAGAAAAUAAAUUACUGUUCCUUUUUUCUCUAUGCAUUAUCAUGGUUUGCAUCAGCUGUAAUACAGUUACAAGUGACUUGAAAUAGUUAAUAUAAGAGUAUUGAGAGCCCUUAAAAUUAUACUAAAUUUUCAGGACCUAAAGAAAAGUUCCAUAUAGGAAAGAGUGUUGAAAGCCUGUGGCUGUACCAACUGAGGUCAUCCUAACACAGGAGGAAAGGAUUUUAUUUGUUCCCAUAAAAAAAUGGGAAACAAAGUUUUGUAACUUUUCAUAUAUAAUGUUGAAAAAGUCUUUCUUCCCAUUUAAAGUGAGGAAUAUUUCAGUGUCAUUUUUUGGUGGUUUUCAAAACCAGUUACCUAAGUUAAUUUUAGUGAUGUAGAUUCUUACCGAUUUUUCUGGACAAGAAAUUACUACAUAAAUUUGUUAUUACAAUGUAUUCCGCUAUGUUGAUGUGUUUUGUUUUUGUUUUUUUUUUCUUUCUCUGGAAGAACAUUCCUAUAGAAAGGAAAUAGGAGCCAGAGUCUGAAAUCUAAAAUAAGGACUAAACAGCUUUUCAUUUGCUUUUCUACCCUUUGAGAUGCCAGAAGCAAUUUCCUCUUGAAGCUGACUUCCUCUCUGGAAGUGAUUUUCGUCUCCAACCAUGUUGAGGCUCUUUUCUCAUUCUUUCAUUCUGACUAACUUGCUUUUUUCCCCUCUGACUUUCCACUGCAGUUGGGAACUUCUGGAGGUAAGUAAUGACAGACAAGUUUCUCUCUAACUUUCUUUUUCAGUUCUUCUUCCCCCCCGUCCCGCCCCCCCUCACCCAGUCAGUCUAGAAGGACAAACAAAGCACUAUUGGUGUCCUCUGCAAGAGAGCACUGAUAGGGGCUGGCUGUAAAUUGACGUGGCAUGGAAAAUCUCUGCUAGUUUGGAGCGGCUCUAAUGUUGCUGCGAAAUCAAACCUACUCUUAACCAAGUUUGUAGCUUGAAAUCAUCACGGGCUUACGGGUUCUGUAUUAAAAAUGAAUGGAAAGUACCUUCACUUCUCGCUUUGGGAACUGGAUUUUUUCUCUGUUUGGAUUUACAGCUAAUAGAAAACAAAAUCAAAGGGAAUUAUUUGGUUACUUUUUUUUUUUUUCCCUGUAGUAAGAGCGACAGAUCUUGCUGCUCCCCCCACCUUUUCCUGCAACUUAAUCAUUUGCAGAUCUUGCCAUGGGGUGCGGACUGAGAAAGCUGGAAGACCCAGAUGAUAGCAGCCCUGGAAAAAUCUUUUCUACACUGAAGAGACCACAAGUUGAAACAAAGACGGAUUCUGCUUAUGAAUAUGUAUUGCUGGAUUUUACUUUAGAAGCUUCAUCAAAUCCAGAAGUUAUCAAGAUCAGUUCUGUGCUGGAUAUUCCAUCUCAGGUGGAAGAAUAUUACAGCAAAGGAUAUGUUGUAGGAGCUGUUCAUCCUAUUAUGCUGCCAAUUGGAGGUAGAAGGAGUUUCCCUGCAAGUCACAUGUAUCGAGUGGUACUUUCACGAUUAAAAUUAAGCCAGAAGCAUGCAGCACCCAGAGGACAAAGGCACCCCAGGCUGCUGAUUGAGGAAUGUCCUUUAAUGUAUGAAACACUGACAAAUGAGGUAGUGAAAGAACUGUUAGAAAAGGUUAACGAAGCUGCUAAAAGAGGAAAGAAGUUUGUGGGAUUUGUAAUGCAACAUUUUCCUCAGCCUAAAGCCUGUAAUGGAACAAGCACAGAUGGAAGUGCAGAGCUGGAAGCAACACUGGGCAGAAGAAACAGGGAACACAGGAGAGAAAACUUUGAUGAAAACUAUAAAAACUGGAAUGAGGGGACAUUGAGUGGUCACUCAUCUGAGAGUGGGAUAGAGGAGGAAAUGCAAGGAGAAAGCAGACUGUUAGAGGAUUCAGACUUCCAGUUUGGAAAAGAAGUCAACCCUUCUAAACCACGGAAAGGAGAUGACAAGCUGUUUACAGUCUUCAAUGUUUUUGAUGAUGAUUCCACCUGCUGGACCUAUCAUGAAGGUGUUUUGUCUAUGAAAGUAACAAGGAAGGGGCCAGUUGUUAGUACUCUGGAAGCAGACUGGCUAGAAUUAACUACAUUUUAUUAUAAACAAGGAUUGUCCUUAGUUGAUUCUUUCGUGCACUGGGAAUCUUCUAAAGGGGACUAUUUGCCCAAAUCUUUAGAGGGAUUAUUUAUCUAUGAAGAAGAAGGUGCUGGGGUUCCAGGUUCUAGCAGGAAAGGAAAUGAUGCAAUAGUUGUUGAACAAUGGACAGUCAUUGAGGGGUGUGAAAUUAAAACAGAUUAUGGACCUUUAUUGCACACGCUGGCUGAGUUUGGAUGGCUCCUGACCUGUGUCCUGCCCACACCCAUCGUACGACAUGACAGUGAAGGAAAUCUCGCUACAAAGCAAGUAAUUUUUCUUCAGAGACCUGUUAUGUGGAGUUCUGCUGUCCAGACACCAGAGAGGAAAUCCUUAAGACAAGUUACUGGGGAGGAAAAAAACAAAGUGUCUAGCAGGAGUGUUGGAUUAGACACAGCUACUUCUUGCCCUCCAGAAAUUGGACAAGCACCUGGCGAGUUUCACCUGUCUCCUUCUAAACAAUGUUGGAUCAAGGAGGGAUCCUCCCAGUAUGGAGGUUUUCCAGGAUUCAGUAGCAGUGAUGGAGUAUUAAGGGAACUGGAUGAUGGACAAUAUGACCAGGAAGAUGGAGUCACUCAGGUCACAUGUAUGUGAUAAAUAUAACUACAAGACUGGGUGUUCUCCUAACUUGUUAAUGCUUUUGACAAGCAAGGAAGCAAAAGCUGCAAAAGAGUGACAGUUUGAGUUGUGUAAGGAGAAAGGAAUGAGGAUGUUUAGUAUUUUCCACAAACUGGAGGAAUGUUUUUGGGUUUGAUUGAUUGAUUGUUUGUUGUUUGUUUUUCCAAGGGUGUUGUAAAUAUUGGUGGGGAAAGAUGAACUGUCUGGCUGUUAAGUUUUAAUGUAAUUUUCACUUUAUUUGCCUUGCAUAAGUUCUAAAGCCUAGAGAAAUGUCAGGUCUUAGCCUAGAGUGUUAGUAAUUUAAGCUGCAUUCAGACUUGGUGUGGACAGAAAAACUUGGGGUGCUGUAGGCAGAUACUUGCUCCUGUAAUAGUUUCACCUCUGCAGGUUGUAUCAGAGUUCCUUGUUACGUGUAAGCCAGGUGCUGUCAGAGCUUAUAACUUGUGUAAUGAAUGAUGUAUUUAUAAUUUACUCAUGAGUGGAAAUUAAGAACCACUCACCCCUGGAAAAUACCUUGCAGUCUGUGAGCAAGUAGUUUGAGAAGCUCAGGAGCAGCACUGACAUCAGUGUGCCCAGUGAAGCUGCUAACAGAGGAGGAGGACAUAGGCUAAACUUAAUGGGCAGUAUUAGAUCAUGCAGUGUAUACAAAUAUGCUGAUGUGUAUAUAAAAAAUGUCUCAGCUGAAUGUAUCUCACACUGGAUGAAGUGUAUUCAACUGCAUCAAAUACCAGACUUCCUUACCAUGGGGAGGAGCUGCUUGCAUUCAGUGAGAGUGAUGCUGGCAGGGUUAUGUGGGGAGAGGCACAAACAGAAAUUAUUUUUAGGCUGCUGUCUGGAAACUACACUUUACAGAGGAGAAGCUGAAUAAAAAUGUAUCUCCAGAAAAAAAUUGCAUUUUUCAUUUAGUUUUAGAAGCAAAAAACUAUAAAUGCUCUUCAUAUUUAAGCUAAUGCAAAAUAAUUUAGUCAAGAUGAGAAGUCAGAACAGAACUGAGCAAUUGUAUUCACAAGCCUGCUCUCAAUGUUUGCAGUACAGCACACACAUCACCCAGGGAUUCUGAUACCUGUCUCUGUGUGUUGUGCUGCAAACAUGGAGAGAAAUGUCAUAAAUAUGUUUACCUACACCAGUCUGCUCCCCUGGGGGGUAUCCCACCAGCUGCUGUGGGAAUCUGCCUGUCCACAGUGGUAGGUUGCUGGCACUAAACACAGUGGGCAAAUCAGUGCAGUGACAGGAACACCAACAACUAACUCCAAAUGAGUACCCCAGGAGAUGACCAGGAUAAUGGAAGUGUAGCUGCAGUCUCAGAGCUGUGCAGAAAUAACAGGGGCAGAAGCUGCUUAUUUUGAUAAGCAAAAAUUAACUCAUGAAGGAAAAAAAUUACACUUGCUGCUAUUUCAAUUUAUUUUUGUAGGGUGGGCAGGGGGGGAACCCAUUCUACUGGCAUAAUUAGUGUAGUGGGAGCUAGAAAUAUUAUUGCUUUGGAGCUGCUUCCCAAUUUGAUUGUGAAAUUCUUGGGGGCAGGCUUGUUUAUUUUUUAUUUUGGAAGAGGAACUCUUAACAGCUAUUUGUAGCAGGUUUGGGAUUUUUUUUUCCAAAAAAAAAAACACACAGCCCUGGAGCUGGAGACAUUGCUUCAGCUUCUUUUUCCCAUUGCAUGCACUGUGGGGAGCAAUGGGAGCACAGGGAAUACCUGUAAUAGGAGGCAUGGUAAGAAAUCCCUUCUUACCAAGGCUUCUCUCCCAGCUUUCCCAGCAUUUCGAGGUCAGAGAUGUGGGGCACAAACCUUGCAUUUCAUUCCCUGUCUGGGGCACUGUGUGGAGGAAGAUCCCCCUGCUCACAGGGAGGGUGCUGGGCUGGGUGUUCCCUGCAGAGCCUGACCCAAAUGCUGCUCCCUCCCUCUUGCAGCUGCUGCUCUGGGAACAGCAGUUGUAGUCACAGUUAGCAGGGAUCUCCUCCCUGGUACACAGGGGGAAGAAAUGAUGGCCAUACAUGUUACAUCUGUCUCUGGCAGAAAGCCAGGUAACUCUGGCAUUUUGAAAAUGGAGUAACAGCUGGGCUUUUGCAACUUGGAAUACGUUGCUCUCCUUUUAAAAGUAUUUUUCAUGAGUUAUCCAAAACUCUGGUGUGCUUGUAACUUUAACUACUGGUCAUUCUCCAUACAAGUCAAACCUGUAAAAUAAGCCAGAAUUGGUCAAAAACUUCAGCAAUUCUGAAUAUUUCAAGUUGGAGCUUUUAAAAUACAUAAAGAAAUUGCUUUUUAUUAAGCACUGUUCUUGCUCAUGGUGCUUAACAGUAGUGAAUCCUUAAACAACACUGAACUACAACUAUUAAGUUACAAAGUAUAAAGUAGUAAAUUUAAUGCAGUUACUCUUUCUAGAAUACAUUACUUGGAUGAAAAGAAUCAUUUAACUUUUAACUGAGAUCUUAUCAGCUGUUGAGAGUGCAGAAAAUUCAAACAAAAUAGUAUCAUUUUAAGAGAUUUUCCCCUUACAAGUUAUGGGAGGUACACAAGGGAGAUUCUGUUUUGGUACAAGGGUACCACAUGGAUAUAUCCACAGGUACACUCUAAAUUGUUACUUUUAGCAAGGCUUGUCUUAAAAUGAAAUAAAAUCAUAUUCCUUUCCAGUAGUCCCCAGUUUUAACUGUGCUUUAGUUCUUGCUUGUGAAUCUCACAGGUGUUGGCAGUGCUGCAGACCUCUGAAUUUCUUUGUCUUUUUAAUUCAGUAUAAAUAUGUGAAAUUGUUUCCUCUGAACACACUCAGCAAUUCCUGUUAAAGAACAGCUGGGUUUUUUAAAUGCCAUUUUUCUCACAGUAUGAAAGUUGCCCCUGCUGUAGAAAUAUUAAUCUUGUUUUCCCAGGUCUCUAUUGUCUUUAGCUCACAGGGCUACAUUUAGGCUCUGUAUGGAAGAGAAUAAAAUACAAUUCUUCAUAUGGGGGGCAAAAAACCCCCAACCUGACAGGAGCCAAGAUAGAAAUGUGUAAAGUGAGUGGCACAGAGGGUGGCAAAGGAAUGAAUUCCUCAGCAUUCUUUUUUUGGUACAAGAAAUCAGAGCAAUCAUGGUAGUGGUAAGUAGCCAGUUUGAAAUAAAUCGUGGUAUCUGUUCAGCUGACUGUAGAAUUCUUUGCUGCAGGAUGUUGUGUGUAAAGUUACAUGGAUUUAAAGGUGACCAAAAAACUCCUGGAAGGAAAAACAUUAUUCUCUCUGAAAGUCACUGAAUCAGAAGCAGAAAAACUGGUCUGACUGCACACCUCUCCUGUUCUUUAGAUUAUCGUGAGCACCAGGGGCUUCAGCACUGGUGGCAUGUAGCUGAGUGCUCUCCUGCUGCAAGGCUUGCUUUUCAAAGUCAGGGCAAGAGUUGUAUCUGACUUCACACACUAGCCAAAGAACACAGUAAAUCCUCCUAAGGUGUGGGUGCUGAAACAGACUAAAUUGAAAAUGCUCCUGAAACAAAUUAUGGAAAAUCUUCUAAUUUGUUCUUUAUAGUUAAAAAUGCUGAAAGACAACUACAUCCCACCUGGAUAAGUGAGAAGGGGAGAAUGCAUUUUGGGUAACAGGAUUCUAAUUUCAGAGACUCAUUUCAUCACCUGCUCUUACCAACCAGAGCAUUUAGCUGUGCCUCUACUAGUGUGGGUGACCACCACUGUCCAUUAAAUAAACGAAGUUUGUAAAUCACAAGAGGUGUCAGAGUGACUAACAAAACUUUUUGUAUGCUAUUAUGUGUGUAAUGUACACACAGUGCUCAGCUUCCAUUUUACCAGAGUGCAUUAACUUACUUUUUAUUGUAAGAAUUGCAAAUUAAAGCAUGGAUGCCUUCUCUGACAGAAAAAGGAAGUACAUUUUUGCUCAAUGCCAGGGCUUCAGUCAGGGGCAGCCCCUGUGUCUGAACUGUAGUAGGAAAGUCCCCUACCUGUAUGUGACAAGAGAAAUGCCCUGCAACUAUCAGAACAGAGAUAGAAGGCAGCCAGUACUGUUCAUGAACUUCUGCAAAAGAAUGUUUAUACUUUCUGCUGCUUAAAUUGUUUGGAGAGGAAAUAGUUUUCUAGUGUUUACAAACAGGAAGAAACUGUCCAAUGUUAAAUGUUUUGUACCCUGCUCAUAAUUGUCAGAAGUUUAUUUACAUACCUGGUAAAUUGCAAUAAACUGUUGCUUAACUUCUGUGUUUCCUAUCUGUAAAGUACUAUUUUUGUAAAGGGUAAGAUCUUUUCUAUAGUUCAUAUAGGAAGAUUCCCACCAUUAAAAGCACUUACCAAAUCAUUUGGUUUAUUAUGUUUGUCUCACACUGAUAUUAAAUGGGUUAAAUCAAUGUCUGCCUUGCCUCAAGCUAGAAUUGCUUUCUUGCAGUCCUGUCUGUACAUCCAGACAGCUCACAGGGCAAAGCCUGAUAGACUUACAGCCAUCUAUUAAAAGCUGAUUAGGCUUUCCUUGUCAUUAGUCUGUUAUUCUUUUGAAGGCAAAAAAUGCAAGCUGCUGUCUUGACUAUUCCCUAUGGAUUAAUUUAGAGAAUCAUGUAACUUCAGAUUUACAUUUUUCAACACCAAAUUCCUGUAUCAGAAUUUAGACGAGUGUUACGAUUUAAAGAAGUGAACAUCCCUGGCUUGAGGUAAGCACAACUCAAAAUGAAGAGACAAAGUGGUUUAGAGGAACUGGUCUGAUGACCUGUUCUGAUCUGUUUAAGCAGAUGAACUUUGACAUGUGAGAGAAUUAAAAUCUUAAAAGGAAAGUAGCAAAAUCACCAUGGCUGAUGUGUUGCAAGAUACACUGAGCCAAAAAUCAGGAAAAACCUCAGUGAUGAAGGAAAAAAUAAUUGGGAAGUUAGUUUUUGCUUACACUUGCUUUUGCAUUUGUGACUUAAUGUGCUUACUUUGUAUCUGGAAGCCCCUCUUCUAGAUCGGACACUUUUACUGUACGACCACCGUUUUAUCUUUUGAGAGGUGUAUAAAUUUGAGGUCUGACUUCU